GGCAUAUAGUUUGAAAGAUUUGAUUUCCUUCUUAAAAUCGAGGUCGAACUGUAAGCAACAAGUGGGAGAGAUCGUGCGUAGAAGCGAUCAUUAUCAUGAAGAGUACAUGAUAAGUGGAACUGAGGACAAUACGUAAGUUGGUUAUUGGGAUCGUACUGACUUGCCAGAAAGAACCGUUAACAUUUGUAUCGGAUAGAAUUGCUGAUAAUAGUCACACACCGAAGUAAUUGAUAAGAACAUUAAUCUUGUGAUCUUGUCAGUAGUCGAUCUUAUAAAUUCAGUCAAUAUCUAAAACCUACAAAUUGUUCUUCGGUGCUUCUUUCGCCAGCUGUGACUGAUCGAUCGGAAACUUACUAUUAGAUCGUUUUUCUCUCGUUCGCGUACUUCUCUCUGCUAUAAUAAUGAAUGACAACAGCGAUGCGUUUACAAUUAAAAAUGUUGUACUCCGUGAUAUCGAGUCGGUUCUGCGUCAAAGGAUCGGGGAUCAUAUGAUCAUCGAGAAUUAUACCAGCAAAUCAUUAUUACCCCCUGGAGAAAAUUACGGAAGUUCGAUUUUUAGCGUCGAUGUUGAAUUGAAGGAUAAAAAUACUGGAAAGAAGGAAGCUCUUCAUCUUAUUGCAAAGAUGUGUCCACCAACGGAAUAUCAGAGAGAAAUUUUCAAUAGUUCUCGUACAUUUAUGAAAGAAAUCUUUAUGUACGAGACUAUCUUACCAGCUUAUAACAAGUUGGAAGUGGAGUGUGGAUUGAGGAAGAACGAGGUGUUCGAGAUUUUGCCAAAAUUUUAUGGAUCUAGACUGUCUCUACAACCGGAUAAAGAAUUCGAUGACGAUGCUGUUAUCCUUAUGGAGAAUUUGAAAAUUGAGGGUUACUACACAGGCGAUCGAUCUAUAGGUUACGACUUAGAGCACGCAGAGGAAGCAGUCAAGGCUUUGGCUAGAUUUCAUGCUUUAGGAAUAGCUAUGAAAGAGAAAAGACCUGGUAUUUUUGAGGUGUUCAAGAUGUACGCAAGACCUUUACAACAUUCAACGGACAACACGGAUAAUAUGUUUGCGUUGGUACUCGAUCAAAUAAAGAAUGACCCGGAAACAAGUCCUUAUUACGAGAAAUGUAAGAAAAUUUUAACACAAUUGAAAAUGGAAGAUCUUUGGAUUGACGCUCUUCGAGAACCAUGGACGACCAUCAUUCAUUCUGAUUUCUGGGUGAACAAUGUGAUGUUCCAUUGUAGCGAAAAAGGGAAAAUCGAUGGCGUAAAAUUCGUCGAUUUCCAAAUAUACCUUUACGGAAGUCCUCUGCGUGAUCUGCUGUUUUUCCUUUACUCUAGCGUAAAGAACGAUACAACGGAGGAGCAAAUCGAUGAUCUGUUGGAUCUGUAUUACGAAACUUUCAUAAACACGCUAAGUAAAAUGGGAUGCAAUACGAGUCUGUAUACCAAGGAAGGAUUUCAAGAGAAAUUGGUCGAGGAUGCCGAACGUGAAUUCAUCCAUGUAAGCUGGAUGAUAAAGGUGCUCACAUUGGAUACGAAAGAAAUAGAGAAUUUUGACGUAGAUAAAAUGCAGUCUGUACUUACGAGACAAACGGGAAAUCAAUUAUUUAAAGACCGACUACGGAAACUCGUGCUCGCCUUUGUUAAACGUAAUUGGAUAUAAAAAAAUUAUUACGAGGGUGGAUCUUUCCAUACCUAUAAAGUGACAUCGUAUAUAUGUACCUACGUAAUCAUAGCAUAUUAUUUUUUAAAUGAUCGUAUCUGAUUUUUCCAUAUAUCACAAUCACAGAUAUAUCACAUCAAUAAGAAUUAUAUUCUCAAUGACUAAUCCAAUCCAUAUCUGUAAUCUGCAACGAAAUAUAAUCAGUUCAAUUAAAUAAAAUUCAAUAAAAUAAAUCAACGAUAUAAUAUCGAGUCUAAAUGACAGGUGACAAUAGGAAAGAAUUUGGUCGAAAAACAGAUAACAUUUAACAUUUAAAGAUAAACUAAAUCAAUGAUAAAGGAUGGACUCAUAAAUAAACAUUUGAUUUUUAGAGAGAGGCAUUAAUAAAAUUUUAAUCGACACGAAUAAAUUAUUUUCAAGAGAUAUAAAUGUAAUUAAUAGUAUAAUAAAAAUACAGUAAUAUUUUAUACUUAUUAUGGUAUUAUCGUAUGUAAAAAUUUCGUUAUUCCAACUAUAUAAUUAUAUGUAUAUAAUAAGAAAAUCCUUCUUUUAUAUAAAUUAUACAGAGAUAUAAAUAAAUAAUUUUUUUAUGUGUCACAACUGCAUAAUAAAGAUUAGUUGCUUUAUUUUUAAUGCGACGUAAUGAAAUCAUAUCAAUGAAUUAUUUAUCGGAGGAUACGAAUAUUUAAAAUUUGUACAUUAAUGGACACAUAUCUUUCAUUAUCACGAAAAAAAUAGAGUAAAUUAAUAAAACUAUUUUUAAACACAAUGCGUGUAUUUUAUUCAACUUACGCGAAGAUUAGCUUUAUCUCUUAUACGUAAAUGAACGUAAUUUCUUAUGAUGAGACAAACAGGAUUUGUGAUUAAUCUCGAUCUAUCAUCGUUUUUAAGAUAAACCAAUAAUUUUGUUUAAGAUUAUUUAAAUUUUGUUUGUAUUACAUAAUUGUUUUCAACUAUAUCUGAAGUAUAAAGUAUUAGUUCACAAUUGCUUCACAUGUCUAUUAACGUAUUCGUAACGUAUUCGUUCAAGUAACAUAUUACUUUGACAAAAUGAAUUAGAUAUUGUUAUCAAACAAAUAUUAAGACAAGAGCUUAAAUUGGAUUUGAACAUAAUCCUUCCUGGAUAACAGAGUUAUGAAAGUUAGUAUAUACAAGUAAUAUCCAAACGUCAAAACAUUGAAAAUAUCACGAAUAAUGGAUUGUUUAGAAUGUCUCUUUUACGAAAGAGACAUUAAGAGACUUUUACGAAAGAGUUUUAUUCUCAGAUAAAUUCUACAUUUAUUUUAAUCUACGAAAGUAAAUAAUAUAGGAAAAUAGGUAAUAAUAUAAGAAAAUGGAAAUGAAAACAUGCGUAUAUAUAUGUGUGUGUUAUUUAUAGGAAGUUAGUAUAAAAAAAUAAUGGCAAUGAUAAUACUGAAGAAAGAAUGACGAAUAUGACCUUGUGAGUUAUCUGAUAAUGAAAUAUCAAGAAUCGUUACAAGCGUAUCUUUAUCGCUUCUAUAAAACAAUAAUUCUAUAGGUAUCGUCAUGAAACGGUAACGAUAUAGAAUUAUUAAUCAAUCAUACAGCUUAGAAAAUAGCGAUAAAAUCACUAUUCAAUAUUUUUUAGUGGAAACUUUUACGUUAUAAAUGAUGUCGUACGUAUUAAAAAAUUGCUAAUGUACUUUUCAUAUUCGUGUUUUAUUAAGCUCUAUUCCUGCAACACUAUUAUUAUUCCAGAGUGUUUUUCGACAGAGUAAUUUCUCAAACGUGAUAUAUAAGUAUGUACAAAACGGGCAAACAAUAUUUAACCCUUUACGAAGCACGAUAAUCGUAACAAGCGGUAAUGGAAGUAUCUUUCUUUUACAAAUACGUCUUUUACAACGAUGCAUCUUUAUACAAACAUGAAACAUAAUCUGUCAAACAUUGUGAUCUUUAUUUUAAUAGAACAAAAUAGAUUAUACGUAAUUCGAUAAAAUAAUAUAAAACGAAAAAUGUUGUGCAUCCAUUAUUUCCUUAUAAAACGAAAGAAACUUUUCGGACGACCUAAUAUGUCAGAACUACGAGGCAAUUUAUUGAUACAUAUGUAUACCGAUCGGAAUUGUGAUGAAAAAGAAUAACUUAAUAUGCGGAAUAUAAUUUAUAUAAUAAUUACUUAAUAAAAUAUUAGAAAGCAUCUUUUUAAUUAUAAAAAUGUUCAAAAAUAUCUGAUUAUAAAAUUAUUCUAUAAUAAAAAAAAUAUUUUUGUUUGUAUUAUUGGACUAACAAAAUGUAAUAACGUUAAAAACAUAAAUAUGAUGUUAAACAUUUAGGUAUAUGCUAUAAUAAUAUAAAUAUAAGUAUUGUCCGCUUCGAAGUACAAUGUAUAUAUGUGUAAUGUUAUAUAAUGUUCUUCGUGACGGUAUGUAGGUAUCACAUUUAAUGAUAAGUUAAUCGUAUCGAGGAUCUAAUAUAACUUUCUAUAGCCCAUAUUUUGAAAUAAUUGUCGAUACGAUUAAUGCGAAAAUUUAUAUUUUACACUUCAAUAUGUGAUUGAUUAAUAACUUUCAUUUUUUACAUUAAGUAAAUAAUACACAAUCACUGUAAUAUUUUUUGUAUUAAUCAUAUACUACGAAUUUUUUAUACUAAAUGGGUGGCAAAUGAUUAUACGAGUUAACAAUUUCUUUAAUAUACUUGGUAUUUUUAACAUCACUCUUUCUAUCCUGUUAGUACAAAAAUUUUAUAGAAAAAAAACAUAAUUAUUAAAAUUUAAAAUGGGCUAAUAAUUUCACAUAUCCAAUCAAAUUUCUAUGCUCCUAUUAAUAAAAGUCUAUAAAAGAUUUAUUUCCUAAUCUUAUUUGGUGUCUAAAGUGUAAUUACAUAUUUAAUUCCUGAUAUCGAAUAAAUCUUUAUACUUUUACAUAAAGAUUAUCCUCAUCAAUAAUAAAUUAAUUCUUAUUUUAAAUAAAGCUUGUUUGAAAUCAGAAAUAUACAUAUUUUAUAUUUAGAAACUCCAUUAACUUCAUAUUUUUUGUUGUCAUUACAUUUUCAUUUAUCCAUAAUAGGAUAAAAACUUGAUGUGAAAAAUUCCAACAAGAUAAAUAUAUGUAUAUACAGUUACUCACAUAAUUGAUCAAACACUCUUUCAAACAGAAUUACUUUUUUAAAACAGGACUAAACAAUUUGAAUUAUUCUGGAAAGUUAGAAAAAUUACUUUACUAGAUAACGUAAAAGUGUUUGAUCAAUUAUGUGAGAUGUAUAGAGAUAAAAAAAAAAGAAAAUAGAAAGAAUGAAAGAAAUUAAAUUUAUAUUUUCUUAAACAUAAAUUACUGAAAUUGAAUUAUUUAAAAUCAUAACAAAAAGAAAGUGAAACCCUAUGCAUUCAAUUAGUGAAAUAUAUUUAUACUAUAUGUUUCUACAUGUAUAUUUACGCAAUAGUUAAUGCCUGCUUACGAUGGAACGAGAAGUUUCUUAGUGGUUGAGACCACUUUUUUUUUUAGUUUUUCUAUAUUUUUAUAAAAGUUUUAGCCAGAUUUAUCUGCAAUUGGCCAUAUUACGAAAUACAAUUCUAUAAUUAAAAUAAUGAGUUUCUUUAUGAUGCAGAAAU